AUCCGACGUUCACCGGCUGUGCUCAGCCCCGUCGCCGACGACGAUCGUCCACGUCGCGCUACGUCGGCUAUGUCGAUCAUCGUCGCGGUUCCCGUCCUUGUACGCAUAUCGCGAGCGCCCGGAGACGCUGGUGCUGGCGGAUCGCGACCUCGCGCACCCCUCCGCGUCCUCUCCGUCGGGAAAUCGCCGUGGGUUCGUACGGGAAAGCGACGCGUACGAGCGUGUACGUACUUAACCAAAAAAAAAGUUCGGUCCUUCCGCGCAGCAGAAAAUCGGCAGCUUGGACGGGCGAGCCGACGUCGGGGUCGCGAUGACGAGGACGGCGACGACGUCUCCGUCGACACCGAACGAUCGUCUUCGGCUACCGCGGCAGAUAUUCUCCGCUGUAUACGUAUCUCGUACGCAUCCGCAAUUUUUCGUCCCGAAUGGUGGCAACAAUGGCUGGUAAAAUGGUGAGCGAGGGCAGGUCAAGCACACGUAUCGUCGGCGCUCGUAACUUCGCGGCUGGUUUUUCGCGAUCGAGGAGUCGCGUAGUCUCGAUUUCAUGACUUCCUCGUCGACACGAUCGCGCGGACCCAUUUCAAAUCGCUCGGCGGAGGCAUUGCGCCAUCCUCGGCGAAAUCGCUCAGCGGGCGACAACACGAUAUUGACUAUGCCCGAUUUGGGAAAAAUGUCCUCCGAAUUUUUUCACAUCGCCAGUUUAUUUGCCGCGGUUCGCCGCUCAUGCCACGAGGGGUACCGACAGCACUCUCCUCAACAACACUCGAAUAUGCUCUCGCAACGCGUGACGAUUUGCAGACCAGCAGUUGUCAAUGCGCGGCUGGUCUGUUUACCUCUAAAAUCAGAUAUUCUCGUCGUUUGUCAGUUGAUUCUCAAUCUACGACUCGGAUGAGUCUCUACCUUGGCUGCAAAUUGGGGGGAUCUAACAAUCGCCUCAAAUAUAGAAAUCGAACCGUCAGCCGAAUCUUUUGGAGAAAUACUCGUGACCUUCCGGGAGUUUUCCUCGGAUGUGUUAGAGGAAGUCUAUGGUCAACGAUCCUCAAAUAGCCGUAAUCGAAGACAUUUGGUGAGGCCCCGGACGAGGACUAGCCCUUCCUCGGACCAGUCGCAAUUCACUCGCUCGAGUUUCCACUUGGAAACGUGCUCACAAGGCUACCAAAACGUCGACCCCAUCGGUAAUCAAGCUAUCGGGGGGUGGAACAGGUGGCGGUGGGGAGCAACUGUCCCCAGGGCCUGGCCCACCUCCCCCGGUGUCCGCGGCCGGUGAACAGCAGAAACAACAGCAGCAGCGCGGCGGCGGCGAGGAGCGUACGAUCGACAAUGAAGCGGUGUUACAAGUUACAACUGGUACAACAAAGUCCGUACUGGAAGCGGAAGAGAAGGUGUAUGUGCAGAGCGCAGACCACCAUGCCACCAUGAGUUUCGUCCUACAGCUGGAUCCUGUCGGACAACCGGCGGCGGUAGUGGAGAACGUGGUGAAGAAAGGAAUCAGCGAUAGACAGCAGUCGGCAACGCCAACGUUGUUGAUCGCCUGUCCGUUAACAACCGCUACCUGCACAACCACCGCGGCGAACGCUGCGGUGACCAGCCUGGGCAGCAGGAGUAGCAACAACGAUGACGCCGUUGUCAACGACGGCAGAUCGUCGCAUUUGUUGCAGAAGAUAGAUGUUGCCGGCAAUAACCAGCAGGAAGUGCUACCGACAGCGGGAGCUGCGUCUUUCCCUACGCAGGUCAAAACCGUGCUGACCUACCCCGUCGCUAAGGGCGCCAGAGAGAUGCAGAGAACAAACACCACGCAAGUACUGACGACGCGGGUUAUCUCGCAGAAGCUACCAUCGUCCACCAGUAGCCAUCAAGUGCAAACCGUUCCGAUGGCAGUUGAUGUCAUCCCCCAGGCGAAUCAAAUAUUACCCAACUCGACGUCGUUACCGUCUCCCGUUGUCUAUCCUUUACAGGCGACUGCAUGCACGCAGCCUGUUCAGCCGGUAAGAAAUCAGACUGCAGUCGGCGAACUCAUCCAUGGUAAACAGCAGCAGCAGCUGACGGGAAUUAGCAAUGUGCAAACAACCUUGCAACACAAGUUGCACCAGGUAAAGACUAUCACCACCGGUACGGCCCCUAUAUCGCAUAUUCAGAGGAUACAUUUGAAAACAUCAAGUAUCAUCGGUCAACCGUCGCAAACCGUGAAUCUGCACAAGGUUAAGACUGUCGUAGGCAAUCAGUCCACUGCCGUGCAACGAAACUCCCUACCCAGGAUACAGGGCGUGCAGCAGAAACCGCAAGUGUUGACUAGCCAGAUGGUCAACCAGUUCGCUGUUAAUCAAACUAAUGCGAACGCGCAGAAGGUUCAGCAGAAUCCCGCGUCAGAAGGUAAAACUCUUAGGACCGGUGGUAACCUGCAGCAACAGAAGGCGCAGACCAUCAACGCGGCGAACGCACAAAAGAUAGUGCCAUCUCAAUCCGUUUGCAACAACCAAAAGGUAACGUCGCAGGUAUUGAGCAGCGUCCACCAUCACUCUAAUCAUAAAAUCCAACAGCAGCAAUAUCCGGUUAAUCAACAGACAACGCAGCAACAGGGUCUGCAGAAGCUGCAGACAGCUCAGAAAACUACUGUAGUAACCAGGCAGCAGCAGCAGUCUGCUGCGCCGCUAAAUAACGUCUCAAAAUCGUGUGGUAGUACUGUAGUAGGAAUUCACAAGGUUCAGGCACUCGGAACACAGACUGCGAACCUGCAGCAACAACAAACGCAAAUGCCUCAUGCAAAAUCACAGUCUACAGCGACGUUGCAAAAGUCCCAGACUAUGUCGACGAUGACCAACGUUACCAGCCGGAUACAAAACGCAGCCAACGUUUGCAAGAGCAACAGCGUACCGAAUAUCCCGAAGAUACCGCAGAAUUCUAGUGUGAUUGCAGUCAGCAAACAGCAGCAACAGCAAAUAGCGUCGCAUCACCAACAGCAGCAGCCACAAGCGUCAGUACAAUUGCAACAACAAUUGUUACAGACAGCACAGCAGCAGCCAGUCGUGAUGCAAAAAUCGCAGCAACAGCAGUCUGCUGCGAACGCAACUAAUCUACAAAUUCAAAAGAGUCAUAGUAUUACUAACGUGCAUCAAAAGGUAAUCACAACUAUGUCGAACAAUCAAAGAACUCAGGCUGUGAUGAGUUCUAAGAUGCAGCAACAACAGCAGACACUAAUGAGAAUAGGAGUACCUACGAAGGGUCAGGUGUUACAGAGUUCACAACCAGCGGGUUUGAAAACUGUCUCACAGAAAGUAGUAAAUCCUAUGAAAGCUGCAAACUCCCAAAACGCAGUUCCACAGCAAAAGAACAGCAACGUUCAAUCCAUGAAAAGUAUACAGCAACAGCAGCAGCAACAAAAUGUGAUCGCUUCGCAGAAUGCUCAAAAACAACCCGGAUGCAUCAAAACGAUUCCGCCGCAGAAACCUAUACAAAGGAAUCACGUCCAGAAAGUUGGCGGCGGAGGCGGUAUUAAGACUUCUUUGAAUACGAACGUGACCGCGUUAAAGGGCUCAGCAACGUCGACGAUCGUACAAAAGGCGAGUAUUAAAACGUUGCUGCCACAGCAAACUGUUGCGUCGAACAUUAUGGCGCAUAAGAGUUCACCAAUCAAAAUACAACAACAGGUGAUACAACAAAAACAACUGAUAAUGUCCUCACCGUUUGCUGCGUCACAGCAAAUUAGACAACAAAGCGGGCAACUAAAGAGCUUGCUGCCCGUAAUGGCCAAUGAAACACGAAAAGAUCCCGAAGACAUGAACAAUAUCGAAUUCCGGGUGUCUAAAGAAGACGAGCAAAGCGCUCCUAAAUCACCAGUGAGAAGAAUGCCACUUCCAUACGAGUGUCUCCAAUUUGUGCUCCAAGAUCAUAACUAUGGGGCACCACCGCCUCGCACACCGCCACCUCCAUCACCACCUCCUCAUCCGAAGCAACAGCCCAUUAACGGUGCUGGAAGUUCUACAACUACCUCUCAACAUCCGUACAUUUUCUGUCCAGUUGCGAGCAGUACCAACGUGGAAGAUGAUGCGGCUAGUGUUAUCAGCAGCGAAGCACGUGAAGCUGAACCGGAAGGAGAAGAGACGGAAACUGCUCCUGAAGGUGAAGGCGAUGAUGAGGACAGUGUUACACGAUGUAUUUGUGACUUCGAGCAUGACGAUGGAUACAUGAUAUGUUGCGACCGAUGUUUAGUUUGGCAACAUGUAGAUUGCAUGGGUAUAGACCGUUCGAACAUUCCCGAUGAAUAUCUCUGCGAGAGGUGUCGGCCACGGCGAGUGGACAGACAGCGAGCUCGCGCUUUGCAGAUGCGUAAGCGCGAGGAGCUACUUAACUCGGACACAUCGUCCGACACGUCGUCCACGAGUUCGGCGGACACUGACGUAGGGGUGAACGCGACGCAAAAGAAACGCUCGGUCCCGCAACAACAGUCCGUCCCGAGACGAUCCAAGUCCGACGCACCCGCACAGGUACGAAGAUUGAACAACAACAACAACAACAAUAACAACAACAACGUUGCGAAACGGCAGAGAAGGGACUCGCAUCCGCGACAAUCGAGUGCCGUGCGCAAGAAGGAGGUUGCAGCGAAGCGCGGGCCCGGUAAACGCAAAGCUAAGAGAAGAAUGAGCGUCGAGGACAAGGAAGAUGACACGCAGGACGGCUGGGGAUCGUCGAAUAUGGCGCCCUUGCGACAAUGGAUAGAGAGAUACGAGGAGGCAGUCACAAAUCACUACAGUCCCGAGUUACGGGCCAGGAUAUCGAGCAUCAAGGUGAACGGUACGCAUAGCGAUCUCAGGCAGAGUAACAUCAACGUCGUCGCCACCGGUAAAUGCAGACUCAACGUGCACAGUAACAAUCUCAGAUUUCUAGUGGCGACUACGUACCUUCCACCGAACACUCCAGUCGUCGAAUUGCGCGGCAAGUAUAUGCUCAGUACGCAGCAUAGACCGCAGCAUCCGCAAGGCAGGCAACAUGCUCAACGGCCCGGACCGUUCGUGUUCUUCUAUCGUCUGCCGCGCGACGGCACCGAGGUGUGCGUGGACACGCGGACUUAUGGUAACGACGCCAGGUUCGUACGACGCAGCUGUAAACCUAACGCCGAGGUAAAGCACUGCAUCGAGAAGGGCACACUGCAUCUGUACAUCGUGACGACUACUGCGAUCGAGAAAAACGCCGAGAUUACCAUCAAACACGAGCAGCACGACCUGCUGCUCUCCCCCAAUCCGAAUUCAUCCACAUCGCCCGUCGUUUGCGCAUGCAACAAUCCGCGGGAGUGUCAGAUAGCCACAUCUAACCAACUAAAUAGAAGAGGCAGUAACGGUGCUCUCGUCGAAAAUGCCGAUGGUAGAGAACGGCGGCGACGAGGUAGAAGGAACACUAUCUGCGAGGAGACCGAGCCCGCGCCAGCAGUUCCCAGCACAAGUGUUGCACAAACCACCCCAACCGUAACGACGAUAUCGACGGUGACUGCUCCACCACCUAGGAGGACCGUCACGACUGGAAUUACCAGCACAAUAACUCGCCAAGUUCCCAAAGAGGAACCGUCCGCAACCUCGGUGCAGCAACCUCAAACAUCGCCUAGUAUCAGCCAGUCGGCGCCGCCAGAAACGAAGAAAGAUAAGAAAAAGAUGACAAGGGAAGAGCGGAAGAUGGAGGCGAUCAUGAAGGCAUUUGAGAGAUUGGAAAAGGCGGAACAGAGAAAGCAGGAGGUGCAAGCGAGAAACGCGCAACGAAAAGAAUCCAGCGGCACACACAGUGACAACGAGGACAAUCACUCCACAACGAGUCAGUCAAAGAGCAAGCAAUCCAACUCCGAGAGACCUCUACGGAGGAAGAGGAGGAAAGGUCGUGCAAGGACUACGAGCACGUCUCAGUCACAGAGCACUCGAAGAACGCGAUUGAACUCGGCGGAAUCUGACGUAUCCUCCGGUGACGAGAGCAAUUCCAUGCAGUCGCCACCUCUGUUAAGUCAAACGCGCCCACCAAGCGGAGACGUCUCUUAUUCGUCUCAGUUACACACACCGGCAAAGGACACGAGCGACGUCAGCAAUACUGCACCGUCCGGUCAUCAUCAGGGCAUUCCUACGGCGGCUGGCUUGCUAUUAGCUCUGGCGAACUCGAAUGCACCUCCAGGUCCUCCGAGUUCACCACCGUUGCAGCAACCUACACCGGUGAAGAGUCCAACGUGCGACAGUGGUGCUAGCAGUAGCUCCCAAAGUUCCACACCAUCUACGCCGUUGUCGUCUGCUUGUCUGUUGGUGGCUGCCGCGGUUGGCCCGUUGGCGCCUGGCUUGAAGUUUCCAAAAACGAAGAAGGUGUUGAUGAACGAAUGGCUGAAGGAAUCGCCGGAUCUACCACCGCCGCAAGCCAGCAUAAUACCCCAAGUAUCCCCAUUGUCGGCCUUACCAACGGCGUCGGCCUUACCAAAUUCUAUAAAUUCCGCGCUAUGCAUCAGGCAGUCGGAUUUCCCACUGCCAUCCACCACCGUGGAUCCGUCCGCGGAAUUUUUGUCGCAGAGUUACGCUGCCAAAAGCUUGGCUACACUUGUGCAAGCCGCCAACUCAGUGUCGGGCAUAUGCGACUCGCCACCGCAGCAGCAGCGAAAACAACAGGCAGCGGUUAUCCACAGCGCUUUCAACAAUAACAACGGCGGCGGCUGUCCCGUGUCUACUGGCUCGGCAAAAAAGAGAUGGUUACGUCAGGCAAUCUCAGAAGAAUGCGACUCACCGAACAGCAGACCUGAAAGCCCGCCGCCGCUCCUCGAAACAGUGGCACCACCUAAGAAAAGGAGAAUUGCUCGGGAAAGCUUGUCGUCAGACAAUUACACUCCACCGACUACGCCGACUAUGUUAUUGCCGGAAGCGGCAUCCAACAGCAGAUUAUUAUGUCCUGCCGAGGAUGAAUAUACGGAGCAAGCGCAAUCGCCUAUAAUAGAACAAAUUGACGAGAGACACUUUGAACCGAUGUCUGUAAAGGAAGAGACCAUGGAACUCGACGAGACGGUCGCUCGCGAGAAACUCUCUAUCGACAUUCCUCAAUCAGACUUUUUCAUAAAGCGUGAGGAGAAAACAGAAGGUGUCGUUAUGAGGGAUGUAUCUCCGAUAAUAAAAACGGAUAACGCCGAGAUAAAAGAAGAAAUUUCACCAAAAUGCGAAGAAGAUGAUGUAAAACCCGAUUAUAGCUUAUCCCCCGCAUUACAUUCAGACACGAAGGUGUUAGCGAAGAAUGAAUUGAAAGCUAUGAAGAACGAAGCGGCCGACCUUAAAGUGGAAAAUUCGCACCCGAAGAAGAUACAAUCGCCCUUCGCAAAAAAGGAGGAGGAGACGCAGAUACAGGUCACUACAGGUACGGUCGAGAUAAUCGAUCAGAAUGAACCCGACACCGAAAUGGAGGAGUUCAGCUCCCCGCCGUGGUACCGAUGUGCCAUGGAGCCUGACGCGAUCCUCAAGCAGCGUGUGGCCGAGAUGCAGCUGGAAUUCGGCGGCGGUAUCGCCGAGAUCGUGAAUAUCGCGAGCGAGAACGAGAAGCCGUCCGAGGAGGAAGCCAUUGGCAAAUGCCAAGAGGCCGAGAAGUCGGAUGACAGCACGUCCAUCGACGAGUUCGACGUCGAGGCGCAAAUGAAGAAGAUCACCGGCGACGACGGUAAUGAUUACCAGGAAAAAAUCGAAACGAGCUCGGAACGGGAUAAAAGCAUGGAUGGGAUCGAGGGCUUGAUGGAGAGCUCCAAGGAGGAUUCGGAUUCUGAAGACAAGGACAUGGAUGACGAGAAAUUCUGCGAGCCUACCUUUAAGUUAUUCAACGUCAAUCAUAAGGAUGAGCCUCCUUUGAAAGAAUUAGACACCAAGAUGGAAGAGCAGUUCGUCGCCAUCACAGAUGACAACGCGAAAGAGGCGAACGAGGACAUCAGUCAGGAACCUGCGAAAACGGAAGAGUCGACUGCCUUCGUCGUAUCUUCGGAAGACUCUGUAUUCGAAUCGACCUCGUCGAAUGUAGACACGGAGUCGGUGACCGACCCCCCCAAGAUCUUUCACUCUAUUCCGCCGUUGAGCGAACGUAUUCGUAAGAAAACGACCGAUCCGCUAGUUGCGUCGAAAACGCCGGCGUUGGACUUCGAGGCGGCCAUCAUCGAGUCCACCAUCGACAUGGACACUGCGGAAGAGUCUAAGAAUGGCGAGCAAAAGUCGAUGCUGUCGACCGCGCUGCGCGAGCUCUUGGAAGCGAAGCUGGACGAUGAACCGGCCGAAGUGGCGAAGAAUGACGUCGACAACGAGGCAACUAACGCACCACCGACAGUUCAAACGACGAAAUUAAAUUCCCCCGAGCGCACGUCGACGGACACGCAAGACCCGACGACGCCAGCUCGACCGGAAGCUCGACCGGAAGAAACGCCCGCCAAAGAGGAAGAGACCAAACCCAAGGAGAUCAAACGAUUGAAAGAUCCGAGGACCGUGGUGCCGAAUAACAUGCCAGCACCAUCGGCCUUCAAGCCGGACGCACUGCCUCCAGUCAAGCGCAAGGUUAGAACGUUGUCUAUAUCGGAAUAUCGCAAGCGCAAGCAACAAACAUCGGGAGGAUCUCUCGCCGAACCGGAACAGUCUAGCGACACCUCUGCGAUGGAGAAGAGCGGGACGCGAGAUAGAUCGGACAGUGCCAGCAGCGGCACCUCGUCAGUCAGUUCCGACGAGGAGGGCUGCAAAAUGUUGUCUCAUUCUCUCGAUCUACAAGGCCUCACCACGUUGCCGCUUUUCACUGGCACCGAGGGUGAGGAGAAGAAAGGUGGAGAGGAAGGUACCAUCGGUUGGUCCGCAGCGCCAACUUUAGUGGAACGUCAACGAGAGAAUCUCACUGAGAGAUUGAAGCGUGAAUUUGGGCUGUUUCUCAGCGACGACGAGGAGGAGAGAGCUCGGAAGCACGGUUUGACCGCCGAGGCAAUACUGAAGGCGCGCAAGGUGUCCCCGCCUCACUCCUCGGUCUCCAGUACCCCGCCGACGUACCCGCUGCCGCAGUUACCGCCGCAGCCGUACAUACCACCGCCCGGCUCCGCACCCAUUCAUUAUCCCCCGUUUCAAAGCAAAUCAGCGCCGGUAUUGUACCCGAGUUUCACGUUGCCGCAGAUCACGACGGCCCAGCAGCCGGUGUACGGCAACGCGGUGACGUCACAGGCGACCGGCGUCAACAGCAAGCAAACGCAGCAGCAACAGCAGCCGCAGCCGUUCUUGAUACCCCAGACGUCUCAGGCACCGCCCGGCUCCAAUCCGUACCCGCCGCAUCUGACAGUGCCGACGAUCAAGUUCACGUCGCCGACACCGCCGCAGCAACAACCGCCUCCACCAUCGUCGACAGCCAACCAGACGUACCCGGCACAGUCGCAGCCGGGGCAGCCGCAGAAGCCGUUUUUCAAUCAUCCGGCGCCAAGAUCGUAACCGGCGGAAAGGGUAGUAUUGUUAAAAGUGUCUAAAUUAGUUGUAAAGAUGCAGAAUCUAUCCGAUUACAUGGAAGGAUCUGGAGACCGGGGCUCGAUGUCGCAUUCGAUUCUGCUUCAUAUCCUCGAUUACGGCCAGCGGUAAGACGCGAGUUAUUGAGAAAGUUAGCCCCCUUCUUCACCGAUCUAUUUCCUAUCGCACGUAGGCGUGGAAAGCUUUAAUAAUAAGCUCUUUUCCGAAGGAGAAGACAGGGAAUAAGUGUAUCUGUAAAAGACGAAUUCCCGAGCCAGGUCAGUUUCCGGUGAAAGUUCGUGGUUUAUUUCUUUCUCUCUUUUUUUCUUUUUUUUUUGUUCCGCUACAAAAUAGAAAGGAGACAUUUCCCAGUGGAGAAAAGCUGAAGCAACGCUUAAUUGAAUUUCAUCAAACUAUUGUCAAGUUAACUUAGGAAGAGAGUCCUCACGAAAAGUUUAGCGUUUAAUUUAGUUUAUCGUUCGCUUCGGUAGACGUACGCAAUCCCUGCGACCUUAACAUUCAUCGCUGGACGUUGAUUUACAUACUUUAUAUGAUUAUAUAUAUUUCUUAUGACGUGAUGUCAUGAUCGGAAUUCGUGUGGCCUAAAAUGACGGUAGCCAAGUAUUUUAGGUAACGCAUAUAAAACAGAGACCUGUUGAAAGCUAUAUCGGUAUCUUUCGCGGGUAACGGCCAAAAGUGUAUUCUCUCGAAAGGACGACGUACACUUUUUAUACCGAUGAAAUGGUGCCCUAUAACUGUUACGUAUGUAGUAUUAGUCCAAUUUUUUGAUAAGGUUAUCAAAGUCGUGAACACGCACGAGAUAGGCGCAUCAGCAACGCCGAUCCUGAUGUGUCGGACGUAACCGCUAACAAAAAAAAAGAAAAACUAGCUAUCAUUAUCUACAAUGUGCACUUUGCAUCAUUAAACUUGUCUGUACAUAUUAUUUACGCAUAAUAUUAACAUUACAAAAACGCAUAUUUAAUCUUAACUCAUAAAUAGACCAUGUGCAAAAUGUGGGUAAAAAUAACGUGAUGUGUAAACGCUGUUAUUUGACAUAACAGGAGACAAAGAGAAAAUUUAAAAAAAGAGAGUAGAGGGAAGAGAGAAAAAAGAUACAGCAGCAUGGCUCUAGAGGUCUCUAUAUUUUAUAUUUCAUUGUAAGAUGGCCAAUUAUUUAUAAUAAAGAGUAAAUGUUGAAAUUUAAAUUUGAGUUUUAUUUUGGACAUUUGUGAGUUGCUAUUAUUUUGACACAUACAUAUAUAUUUCUUUUUUUUAAUUAGACGCGGUGUAACGCAUUUAUGCUUACACGCGUGUUUAACUUCAGCUCUAUUUAUUUUAAAAUGGUUUAUAUUUUAGGAUGUGCGUGUCAGGACACGUCGGUUAUCUGAGAGAAAACAAGGCAAAUCUGUCAUGAUCAAUCGUACGAUACAAUCGUACGUUUCUUUUUUUUCACGGAAGCCUCAUAUGUACGAUUAUCAUUUAUUAGUUAAACGAAGCGAUCCUCGCGAGGGAAGAAUUUAUGAAAGAGCGAAAGAGCACCUCCGUGGAUUCGCCGAUUUUCUGAGAACUCGAUUCAUUCGUACAUUCAUUCAAGUACAAAAGAAACUUACUGAACGAUAAAAGAAGAAUGUAUUAAAGCAGCAUAGGAAUAAAUCGCGAUAAUUUUAGUAAAGCGAGAGAAUUGUGUAUAAGCUAUAUUGCAUAAAAGAAAAUCGCUUCAGAGAAUGCUUGUUCUCGAUUUUUUUUUUUUUUAUUUUUUUUUUAUUUAGUUUUAUUAAGCGUCUCGAGCAACUGUCGUAUGCAUUAGCGAGAAAUUCAUGCGUUUCUACUUCGUCGCUUGCGAUGCAAUAGAUUUAUGUUAAUGACUACGAGAGCGUUCUGCGAUCGUUUAAUGUAAUGCGUACGCGUGUGUCGGCGAAUUUGUUUUUACGUAACACAUAUUUUGCAUAAAUCAUGACGAUUACUUUUUUUCCUUUUUAUUUAGGAAUGUGCAAACGUUCUGCAAUUCGACCCAGUGAAAACGCGAUCUGUAUGUAUGUGUGUAUGUAUGUAUACAUGUGUGUAUAAUUGAAAUUAGCGUGCAAAUCUUCGAAUAGGUUUGACAGCGCGAGCGCGCUGUGUCAAACGCGUAUAUGUACAUAAGUAUGUUCAUUGUUAUCGAUGCGCGAAGAGGAAACAUGUUCCAAUUUCGUCGAGUGAGUUGUUAAUUUCUCUUUCGUUUUACAAUGCGUGACGACGCGUAUCUUCAGUCAGAUCAACUCUCGUGACUUGUGCACAUGUCGGAAACAGCGAACGACGACGAUGAGCAUUGAGGGGGAAAACAACGAAGAAUUAGUUACUUCGUUCUAACACGGUGUAUUUAAGAGAAUUUUUGCAGGGCCAUAAAUAAAUAAUUAUUCACUUUCCGCAGUAAUUAGAGGUAUCUGGAUACAUUGUCGAACUAAUUAUAGUACAAUUAGGUGGUAAAAAGCUGAAAUGAAAAGAACAAAACAUUCACUAGAGACUCGUAGGAAUUAUAAACUGUGUUACAUGCUAAAAAGUACCUUGCGUCAAGUGACGAUUAAAAUCAACGCGAAAUCCUAAAUAAAUGAGAUUGGGGAGAGAAAACCUGUCAGGAAGCUCAUCUUUGACGAACACGUCAGACACACCACAAUAUUGGCGAAUAAGAGGGGAAUACUUUCAUUUGUAACGUACGAAGUAAAAUGUUCGUCGCGCGCGUCGAGCACAAUUUCCUCAGCUUUGACUCAUAGUCUUUUUGGUUGCGAGUACAACGGAUCAGAAUUAUCUGAACAAAGAAAUGCAAAAUGGUGCGUUAUCGCGAAAGAUUUCAACACACGUGCCGGGGACAUACGCGCGAUUUUAAUCUCUUGAUCAUCGGUUUUUAAGCGAAUAUCAAAGUUUAGAGAUCUGUGAUUAGAAUGUAAGGCGCAAAAUUGAGUUGAAAUAUUUAUGUACUCUUCGCGAGAGAAAGUAUUUUGAAGAAAAAAAAAACUAAAUUUCUGGGAUGCUGAUAUUAGGGAUCUCCCGUCGACAAACAAUGAGAGCGAAAGAGAGAGAAAAUCCUUUUCACAUUGCUUUCGGCUGCGAUUUCAAAAAUGUAAAACAGACAUAUUUUUGGCAUUUGAUAUUUCUUUGUACUUUAGCCGAUAUUUUGUAAUAAAGCGUGUAUACUAGCGUAAGAGUUACAUAUUGUCGCGGUUGGUGUGACAUUAGAUAUAGAGAGAGAGGAAAGAAAAGGGAGAGACGGUGUGUGUACAGCUUGUGUUCGCCACCUGAGUACAGUAAAAACAUGUAAAUAUUUUUGUAUGAUAAAUUUAAGUACAUAUAUAUAAAUAUAUAUGUAUAGAUAUGUAGCACACAUAUAGUAUAAAUUCUCGUGGAUCAUUUGAAAUUGCGAAAAAUAAGCUAAGAUUAAUUGCUUUGCAGCUAAAUCCACUGUUUAUUGUCCGUUGUACAAUUUUCCGGUACUGCAUAUACGAUAUAUACACACACACACAUGCAUAUAUAUAUAUAUAUGUAUGUAUGUAUGUAUGUAUGUAUGUAUAUAUGUAUGUAUAUGUUUGUCUGUUUGUCUGUCUGUCUAUCUGUCUGUAUAAUGACAUUCUGGUAACGAGCAACACGAGUAAAUUUGUUAUUAAAGUAUAUGAUAGUAAAAACGACUCGUUAGAGUAAUCGUUUCAGUGUUGUAAAUAAAAGUAAAGCAUAACGAUUAUUAUCAUAUUAUAUUCGCAUAUAAAUAUAUAUAUAUAUAAAUAUCAACUUUAUAAUAGGCUCAGAAUACACAUAAUUUUUUUAUUUGCGAUUCACUGUUACAUGUAUGUGCCUAGUUAUAGCCAUGUUGCAUUAUUAUCUAUUACAUAUUGUAUGAUAAUUUAAACCAUACUAUCAAUUAAUAAAUGUAUAACAAGUUCUUCGAUAUCAAACUCUGAUAUAUUAUGACGUAACACGUGUAAAGAGCUCAUAUUUAGACAUACGUGAAAUUUAAUAAAUCGGAAUACAUUUUACGAGUUAA